GCAUCUUUUCCGGAUCUUUCCUUGCAGCCCUGUCAAGUGCUCCUCUCCGGUGUUUCUCUUCACUGUCGGAUCCCAUGUUGAUCGUUAUUCAUCCAAAGAGACAACAGAUGACAACAGCUUCUGUCUUCACCCUCAGAACUCAAGUCUGCUGCUCUUCCAGUUCAUAUGACUUUAGUGUCUUCGGAUUUGAUCGUAGCCCCAUUUUUCCACUCUGCUCUGACAUUUUCUUCAUCCCCCGCUGUUACUCUGGUAUCACUAGCACAGCAACACUGAAUCCACUUCUCUUGUUCUUGUCCUGCUCUUCCCAGAAUGCAUUCAGUGUAUGAGUGAGGAGAAAGUGUGCCUUGUGUUACUGGCCAUCUGGAAACUAUUGUGCGUGUGUGUGUGUCCAUGCUCCCGUCUCUCUGGGCGCUCCUGUUAGGGAGAGCAUUCUAUGAUGAAACGGUAAAAAAUACCCCCUGUUUAAAGUGUGAACCCAUAAUGAGCCCCUGGGGGGAUGGUGGUGAUGAUAAUGACGACUAUGAGGAGGAGGAGGCGGAACAGAUGUAAAUGGGGCGCUGGCCCUUUAAGAAACUCCCCCCACCCCCAUAUUUGUGGGACCCUGGUUCGGGAGGGGAAGCGGGAAGGCGGGUCCGGCGCAGACCGGGAGGACAUCACUCCUGGACGGCCGAGCUUCGGGAAGCGCGUUCCCGAUCCCUCCGUGGAGCGUGCCCGUGUCGUGUGUGUGGACGCGCACGGGGACCCGGGAGAGGAAGAGGAGGAUGGCGAUGGCGGCGGCGAGGAGCUCCGCGGUGGAGAACGGGGCUCCCCGGGGGUCCAUCCGACGGCCGCUCCUCCGUUCACUCAUCCGCUUCCUGCUGCUGGCGGCCGCGCCGCUCGUGGCCGUGGGCUUCGCGUGGUACCGGAGCGCGCGCCUGGAGGAGCGGCGGGAAGCCGGUCUGCGGGCCCUGGGUGCCGAGGGCCUGUUCCUCUUCUCCUCCCUGGACACGGACCGCGACCUGUACCUCAGCCCGGAGGAGUUCAAACCCAUCGCCGAGAAGCUCGCAGGGCUGUCUCCACCGGCCGAGUUCGAAGAAGAGGAGGAUCGAGACCCCAACGGCGAGACCCUGACGGUGGAGGCGAGAAUGCAGCCCCUCAGGAUGGACACCAUGACCAAGAGCAAGGACGGCUUCCUCGGGGUUACCCACAGUUCCCUGAGUGGGCUGCGUUCCUGGAAGAGUCCGGCUGUGCCGUCCACGGUCAUCUCCGCCCGCCAGUUCAGGGCCUUCCUGCCGCCCAAGGACAAGCUGGACGUCGGGGACGCUUGGUGGAUUGUCCCCAGUGAGCUCAACAUCUUCACCGGGUACCUGCCCAACAACCGGUACCAGCCACCCCCACCGCGGGGGAAAGAGGUGAUCAUCCACUCCCUGCUCAGCAUGUUUCACCCGCGGCCUUUCAUCAAAACUCGUUUCGCCCCCCAGGGGGCUGUGGGGUGCAUCCGCGCCGCCAGCGAGUAUUACUUCGACAUCGCCUUCAGGAUCCACGCGGAGUUUCAGCUCAACGACGUUCCCGAUUUCCCCUUCUGGUUCACUCCGGGGCAGUUUACGGGCCACGUUCUCCUGUCUCGGGACGCCUCGCACGUCCGCGAGUUCCACCUUUACGUGCCGAAUGACAGGUCACUCAACGUGGACAUGGAGUGGCUGUACGGGGCCAGCGAGAGCAGCAACAUGGAGGUGGACAUCGGCUACCUUCCGCAGAUGGAACUGCAGGCUACUGGACCAUCGGUUCCCACCUUCAUUCAUGACGAGGAGGGCAAUGUGAUUGAUAGCCGGGUGGGCGGAGCCGGUGGGGACCCCGUCCAGUUUGUGUUUGAGGAGAUACACUGGAAGUCGGAGAUCAGUCGCGAGGAGGCUGCUCGGCGCAUGGAGGUCACGUUCUACCCCUUCAAGAAGGUGGAAUACCUGCCUUUCUCGGAGGCCUUUGACCGCGCCCAGGCAGAGAAGAAGCUGGUGCACUCCAUCUUACUGUGGGGUGCACUGGACGACCAGUCCUGCUGAGGUUCGGGGCGAACUCUCCGGGAGACAGUCCUGGAAAGUUCGCCCGUCCUCGCUCUGCUCAACCAGAGCUUCAUCAGCAGCUGGUCCCUGGUGAAGGAGCUAGAGGACCUUCAGGCUGACCCCCAAAAUCCCACCCUAAGCCACUUGGCUGCACUGCACCUCGAGAAAUACAACUUCCCCGUGGAGAUGAUGUUGGCUCUUCCCAACGGCACCGUGGUUCACCACAUCAACGCAAACUACUUCCUGGACCAGACGGCCAUGAAGCCCGAGGAGGAUGACGGUACAAUGUUCAGUUUCUCAGGGGGCUUUGAGGACCCCUCCACAUCCACCUACAUCCGCUUCCUGCAGGAAGGGCUGGAGAAAGCCAAAGAAUACCUGGAGCAGUAGAGAGCGUGCGCAUGUGUGAGAAAGAGAGAACAUUCAGGUGAAAUCCUCUCUCUCCAAAAGCCCAGAUGACCGUCCACCUUUGACCUGCCGUGCUUUCGCUGUAAACUCCGAAGUGUCUCCGGGGAAGUUUAAUUCUGAAUAUGGCAGCUCACACCAGCAGGGGGCGACACUCACACCAGCAACUGGUGCCUGAGGAUCUUUCCGUUGACGUUUUCUGUAGCGCGAGAUCUCUACCCAUCAUCACCAAUCGUCCGUAACGAACAACACGAACAGUCACAUCUGGAACAGUGUUUUCUGCACAGCUGGGUUUUCCAUGGAAGGUCCUGGGCGAUCACUGCUGCCUCCAUGCUAAUGAAGUGACUUUUAUUACCAAAAUAUAGAAGAAAGCUAAGACUGCACUACAUACUGUUACUACUCAUUAUUGUACUCAUGUUUUGUAUUACUGUUAGUACCGUGCAAUAGGUAAAGGAGCUGCGUUUCACUGCGUUUCGUUUCUCACCGCUCUUCUCUAUGAAAGUCAGCCGCUUCUCUUGGGAGGGCGAGAAGGUUCGAGAACCAGCGGACUUUGGCGCUUUGUGAAGGCCUGUUCCGAAAGCCCCCCCACGGGUGGGGGCAGGCCCGAUGUCACUGCCGAGGACCACGGAAGCCGUCUGACUCGCCAGCGGUGGAGGGAGCGGUGGCUGAGAGUGUCGAAAGUGUAAAAUGUGGUGGAACCGGAACAGUCCAGAGUGGGGACCAUCUAGUGAAUGGGCGGACCGUGCCAUCACUGAUCAUCGCCCCAGUUAUUUCACCCUGGGGCCCAACGGCCUCUUGCGACAGCCUCCCCUGCCUUCGUUUACUCCGUUUAGUGUAAAUGUAGAAAAGUACUUAUUUUUAUUUUAAACCAGGGAAAGGUUGGUAAUGGGUUCCGGUGCGUAAAUAGCUCAUCUUGUGCUGAAUGUUGUCAAGAGGGGAAGCCCCGAAAUGCACCUUGUCACACACACCACUGAGCUCCAGUGCCCUUCGUUGUGCCAAAAAUAAAAUGUCUUUUUCCAAACUGCUGCUUCUGUCCCUUGUUCUCGUGU